AUGGAUUUUAUGAAGGAACCGUUUCUCCAAACUAUUUCUGGAGAUGAUACCUCCAUGAGAUCUGUUACCAGUAGCCAAGAUCAUGAAGAUCCAAACCAGGAUGAAAAUGAAUUUGUUGUGUUAGCUAGCAAAUCACAAGUACCAGACGACGAUGAGCCCAACUUUGGUGAUUUUUGGGAUUCACUCACCAGUAUGAUUGCUGGCAAAUUCGACAAAGAAAAAGAUAAAAAAGUUUGUGUUGGUUCAGCAUCUAAAUGGAAGGAUGUAUCAUCUGGACAACAUGUUGAAUAUGAUCAGCGGCCUGAUAUAUUCAGGGGCACGAUAAGAUAUGCAAGUGUCCAUGCACAUUUAGGUCGAACAGGAAGUAGAAGGGAUGAUCUUGAGUCAUUAGCUUAUACAUUGAUAUUUCUCAUUAAAGGAAGAUUACCAUGGCAGGGUUAUCAGGGAGACAACAAGAGUUUUCUUGUUUCUAAAAAGAAAAUGGGUACUUCUCUGGAAUUGAUGUGUUGCUUUUGUCCUGCCCCAUUCAAACAGUCCCUUGAAUCUGUGACAAAUAUGAAAUUUGAUGAGGAACUAAAUUAUGCCAAACUGAUAUCCUUUUUUGAGAGUCUGAUUGAGCCAUGCACGUCACUGAGACCAAUUCAAAUUGAUGGUGCCCUCAAGGUCGGGCAAAAGCGUGGAAGAUUGUUUAUAAAUUUGGAAGAAGAUGAGCAACCUAAGAAGAAAAUACGGCUAGGUAGUCCUGCUACCUAGUGGAUAUCAGUCUACAAUGCCCGUCGUCCCGUG